AUGGCCUCGAUGGCUGCCAUCGACGAAAAGCCUCCUACGGAGCACCGCAUCGAGGAUAUGGCGGGCAAAUCUGCUAGCGAGAAUGAAGAUGAAUUCACAGCUGAGGAGAAAAAGAAGAUUAUUCGCCGGAUUGAUUUGCGCUUGGUUACGAUGACGGGUUUGGCAUAUUGUAUCUCGCUCAUGGAUCGUACGAAUCUGAGCAUGGCUGCCGUUGCAGGAUUGAAAGAGGAAUUGAGGCUGGAUAUUGGGGAGCGUUAUUCUAUCAUCGUUCUGAUGUUCUUCGUGCCUUAUAUCAUCUUCCAACCGCCGAUGACGAUUAUAAUUCGCAAACUGGGGCCUACGAUGUUCUUGGGCGCAAUCAUCAUAUGUUGGGCGGCGAUUAUGAUAGGAAUGGGGUUCGUCAAAGAUUGGGGCCAGCUAGUCGUCACUCGUGUUCUUCUGGGUACAUUGGAAGCAGGCUAUUUCCCAGGUUGCGUCUAUUUGCUCUCAUGCUGGUAUACACGAUAUGACGUUCAAAAGCGAUUCUCGAUAUUCUACCUCAUCGGCUGCGUGGCCUCCGCACUCUCGGGAAUUCUGGCCUUUGGUUUGAUGCAAUUGAAUGGCAAGCACGGACUCACAGGAUGGCGAUGGAUUUUCAUCCUAGAGGGCGUGAUCACCGGCUUCAUUGGAAUCCUCUGCUUCGUCUUCCUGGUCGACUUCCCAGACCGUGCGCAUAAAUCAUGGCGCUUCCUGAACGAGCGCGAGUGCGCAUGGGUAAUCCGUCGCAUCAACGAGGAUCGUAAUGACGGAGACAUGGAAGCCUUCUCCAUCAAAAAGUUCCUCAAGCCAGCCGCCGAUCCGAAAAUCUGGGGUUUCGCCAUGAUCUUCUUCUGCCUCACCACAGUCACAUACGCGAUCGCCUACUUCCUCCCCAUCAUUCUGCGACUGGGUAUGGGCUACGGCGUGGGUGAAGCGCAAUGUCUAGUCGCGCCCCCGUAUGGCUUCGCCGGCAUUGUGAUGUACGUGACCGCAUGGGUAGCCGACAAAUACCGAAUGCGAGCGCCGAUUCUGAUUUUCAACGCGUUGCUCGCGAUCAUCGGACUUCCCAUGAUGGGAUUCGCGAAAAGCGACGCCGUUCGCUACGUCGGCGUGUUUUUCACCGUGGCGGGCGCUAAUGCUAAUAUUCCUGCCUGUAUGGCAUACCAGGCGAACAAUGUGCGUGGACAAUGGACGCGUGCGUUCUCCAGUGCUACGCUGGUUGGCUUUGGUGGGCUGGGUGGAAUUGUUAGCAGUUUGGUUUUCCGAGAGCAGGACGCGCCCGGUUAUCGGCCCGGAAUGUAUGCAGCUAUCGCGUGA